AUGACUACUCCCGAGUACAAAUUCCAUCCUUCGAAGAAAACAACCAUCAUCGCUGCUCCGUUCUCUGGCGGCCAGCCAAAGGGAGGCGUUGACCUUGGACCUCGUUAUAUUCUUGAGGCUGGCUUUGAGAAACAGCUCCAGGGUUUGGGCUGGACGACCCAGGUGGCUCAUCCGCUUGAGGGCCAUGCUUUUGAGCUGAGAAAGACGGACGAGAAGGACUCGUACGGUGUCAAGAACACCAAGAUCGUGGCUGACUGCAACAGACUCAUCUACGAGACAUGUCUUGAUACCCAUAAGAAAUUGGCUCUUCCGGUGGUGAUUGGCGGUGACCACUCUAUUGGAACUGCUACGGUUGCUGCUGCUUUGGAAAAUAACCCCGACACUUGUGUUUUGUGGAUCGACGCUCACGCCGAUAUCAACUCGCCAAAGACUACGGAUUCUGGUAACCUCCACGGCUGCCCCAUGUCGUUCGUCAUGGGCAUCGACAAGGAAUCUUUCCCUCCGGAAUACGGCUGGGUUCCAGCUAAGUUGAAGCCAGGCAAGAUCGCAUACAUUGGCUUGAGAGAUGUGGACGAUGGUGAAAAGGCCAUUUUGAAAAAAUACAACAUUCCAGCUUUCUCCAUGUACCAUGUCGACAAGUACGGUAUUGGUAAGGUUGUGGAGAUGGCCUUGGACAAGGUCAACCCAGACCGUAAGUUCCCUAUCCACUUGUCUUACGAUGUUGAUGCCAUUGACCCUUCAUUCACUCCAGCCACCGGUACCAGAGUGGAAGGUGGCUUGUCAUUAAGAGAGGGAUUGUUUGUGGCUGAAGACAUAGCUCAAACUGGUCUUUUGAGCUCACUUGAUGUUGUUGAAACCAACCCGCUUUUGGGUGAACACGAGAACCACGUUCUCGAUACCGUGAGCGCUGCUUGUGCCAUUGGCCGUUGUGCCAUGGGCGAGACGUUGCUCUAG